AUCGGUAUAGGAUUGGUGCAGUGCGCUGCCGACUUUAAAUGACUUUUUACAUGAUGGAUGCAAUAUAUAUUUCACUUUAACGAGCUCGUUUACCAUUCGCUACUGUUUCUUCUUAAGACACAGGUGCAUUGUCACCAUGCGUGUUAGUUGCAGUAAAAAUCUUAAAUAACGGAACGGCUACGUGUUAGACGUGCACAAAACGUGUAAUUGGACAUUUCCUGCUUUGUGUGACCUAAAGAAAAGUACUUCAGGUACCCCAAGUUUGCUUAAACCCUUCGAGUGUUCUACACGACGACUGUGGGGGUCUAUCAGAGGUGACACUGAGACCUAAAACAAGCCAAACAGCUGAUUAACUUCUAUCCUUAGGCUUAAAGAGUAUAAUAAGCAAGACAGGAAUACUAUACAGAAGAAAUUGUCUCUACCUUUUCCAGUUAGCCACCUGGAUAUCAAUAUACACGUACGAACAGUAAACAUCGCACAUUUUUUCGCACGUCAUGUACAAAAGGUAGAAAAACAAGAGGACAAAUCUUGAGUGGAUUACCUGUUAUUGACUCGCAUAAUACUGCGUUGACAAUGGCAAAGGUCGGAGAGCAACAUGCGACCUAUUUCAACGAUGUAAAUUAUAAUAGUCUAAAUAGGCAGAGUGAACUGGAGUAUGACUUAAAUAUCGACCCGGUUCAGGAGGCGCUGCGGAGGCAAGUCAGUCGGUCUCUUGCUACAGAGGCGGCCAAAAGGGUUAAAUCUUCGUCCACGUCUGAUGGAACCUCGACGAAGUCAAAUACAUCAGAGAAAAGUCAAUUUAGUCAGGAAACAAAAAGCACAGGCAGCAAGAAGGUGUCUUCCGCUCACUCGUCAGUCAGAAGUAGAGACUUAAAAGAACUAUCUCUUAUCACCGCAGAGAUUGAUAGCUGGGAUGAAAACGCACCCCCUGGUCCUGCCUUAGGCAGUAGUACCCCCGGGCACGACGCAAAAGACCACAAUACCAAUGGUUCUGACGCCAGCGAGAACUUACGUUCUAAAAAAGCAAACAUGAACCGACUUAGUGAGCUUAGUUUAUCCGAAGAGGUGAUGACCGAUCUUGGUAUCGGCGUGCUGGAUGAAUCCAUCGACAAUUCACCCCAGUCUGGCGGUAAAACGAGCCAAGGAGGAGUAAAGCACGCCAAAUCAGGUCACCUGAGUGGCUUGGAGAGCAGGGCCCAAGAAAACGCAGGGGUCGAUUACUGCGAGGUAUCUAGUUCUGAGAUUCUCGAAUUAAAGCAACAACAGGCUUAUGGACAACAACAACACCAACGACAGCAAAACCAGCAACAACAUUUGCAGCAAAGUCAACCACAGUCCCAUACAAGACAGAGUGAACUACCCCCACAGGAAGAAGAUAUUACAUAUGAAGCACACGGAUCACCAAUAACUGUGCAAGGCCAGAUAGUAAAGGGGGCCCCUUUGCAAUUAGCUGGUGGGGCCAAGCACGCCAACCCAAAUCAGAUGAGAUCCAUGGAGAGUAGGGCUCAAGAAAAUGUUGAUGUCGAUUAUUGUGAGGUAUCUAGUUCUGAAAUUCUUGAACUUGAGCAACAACGAGCUCGUGAACAACAGGAGCAAAAGCGACAGCAAAGCCAGCAAAAAGGCAUACAGCAAAAUCAACAACAGUGCCAUACAGGACAGAGAGAACUACCCCCAGAUGAAGAAGAUAUUACAUACGAGGCGCACACAUCGCCAAUAACUGCACAGGGACAAACAGUAAAAGGAGAGCGCGUGCAGUUUGCUAGCGCUACCUUGGAAAGGGGAAUGCAAAAUGAACUUAACAACGACAGCCGGUCAUUUUCUCAGGAUGACCUCAGGACAGUCAGUUCCACGCCAGCCAUCUCAGCAACAAUGACCCGCCACGAUUCGGGGUUUCUUCAAGAGGCUAAGGAAAAGAUGAACACCUUAAAGAAACAAAUACAACGCACCCAGUCACAACGUGAAAUGCAGUCCGGAGAGAGAAACGUCGUUGUUACAAAGAAAUCUGCACAUAAUCUACAUUCGUCUGCUUCGUCCCAGGCUCAGUCUAUCUCUAAUACAAACCAGGAAAGUUUCUCCUACGGUUCACUGAAACAUGAAAAAGUCUCGUCAAGAAAUGUAGUAUCUUCUACGAAGGAAAAUGUAGAAGGGAAAGAUCUAUCUGAAAGAAACUUCAGCUCCAGAACCCCCCCACAAAAUUUGCCAGUCCAAGAAAAAUGGGAGAAAUCCGGCGCUCAUCGUGUCUUUGACAGCCGAUCGCCAGAUGCGUUCAGCCCUACUAAAUUUGAGGAAUUUCAGACUCAAAAUCUCAAGUCCAGGACUGAAUCUGUAACAAAAACAGGUCUAGGAGAAGUCCCACAGCAAUAUAAAGAGACUAGAGACGUUGAAAUAAUUUCAUCUUCGGCAUCCCCAGCUGUAUCGAAGCAGGAUACCUAUGAGAGAGUAACAGAGACAAGACAAAAUGAUGUAACAAACGAACGCACGCGGGUGAAAACCAAUGGCAGCAUCAGCUCUACUACUGCAAUGUCGGCGCAAUUUCAGCAAAGUGUUUCAAGUGGUAAUUCUCGCCCCGGGAUCAAAACAACGACAAAUGUUAAGAAACCCGAGCUCCAAAACACCGCUGAAAGAGAAAAGAAUUAUUCAAAUAGAUCACAUAUUGAAAAGAAAAUGCACCAAGAAGACGUUUUUGACGGAGAAGUCUCAACCAUUUAUCAAAGCCGCACACAGACGAAAAAGGAAAAGAGCUCUAAAAAGGAAAAGAAAAAGGAACAAAACAAAGGAAAAAAUGACGAUAGUCAUUUUAGAGAAUCGCUCAUCGUCAGAGCUGAACCUCGUGCAGAUUUGGGCGAAGGGGUCGCUGUUCUGGAUCUUUCAGGUAAAGAUGGCAGGGAUAUCGAGGCCAAAUAUCGAGCGCAGUAUGAUCACCGCAUAACACCAAACGGUGACGUAGACGACGGGGACCUGAGUAGCAGCAGUCAGUCAAGUGAUGAUGAAUACGUAUCCAAAAUGCACUACACACCUAAUCACUCUCAGCAAGCGGUAGGAAUACCCAAUCAAUCCAGUCACAAUAAUGUUUCAGUUGUGUCCGUGUCACCGCAGAAUUCGUCUCAUAAAACGGGUUCACCUGAGAGAAAUAUUAACUACCCCGAUGAACCGCAGCCUCACCGUUCCGCGCCAUAUACGUCAAACAUGAAUAUUUCUUUUCAACCACAAUUAACCGCCCAACAGCCAAUUCGUAAUAAAAGUGAGAAUAACCCAGGACUAAUUAAAGUCACCAAGGGUAACCCUAUGCAAAGUGAAAAUUCCACUGUUAAUCCGGCAGUCGGCAGACCGUAUCAAGACAUACAAGUUGCGUCUUCAGCGCCGGUAAAGGAAGAAAUGAUAACGGCUAAAAAGAAACAAAACGAAGCUAAUCCUCCACGUCCUGAGGCGACGCUUUCGUCCCCUACUUCGACCAUAAAUCCUAAGGAGUUAAAAAAUGUGGCCAGAAAGCACAAGGUGGGUAAAAUAUCUCACAAGUUUGCCGACAGGGAGAUAACAUUAACUGGCGGCUCUAGACCCACUGUGUUAAAACACUCCGAGAUAGAGCGUCACAGGCCUGACAGCAGCCUAGAUGGUUCUUUGAAUGAAUCAGCGAUUAGCGAGUCGUCGUUCACAUCAGAAGGGGAAGAAGAGGAGGGGAUAACACCGUUAAGGGUCACUGCCGCACCUGAGCGACCUAACCGGUAUUCACCUGCGUUUCAUAUGACGCCACAACAAAGUGCGGCUGAUGACAUGCGCACAGAGGCCCAACCCAGAUCAGUUAGCGUCAACACCUCGCCCGGAAAACAGGUGAAACCAGUCCCCGCUUACGAAAAUGGAAGCCAUCAAUUUCGCGAGUCUCCUAGUCCAGAUGAUCCAUUAUACGCCCAAGAGCCCUUGAUAAUACCUGAAGUCGACGAGAGAAUGCAGUAUCAACGAUAUCCCAGAGUAGAUAGGACACGAAGUCCAUCAGAACAUUCAUCCACGUCCAGUCGGUCAUCAGUUAGCAUAAGACACGAGCCUAUACACCAGGAACCGGUUCAGCGUAUGCACGUACAGCGUGUUUAUACUGGGCCCGUUGUACCGAAUCAACAAAGUCCUAUUGACCGCCGUAUGAUGAAUGGGCACACCGUACAUGGGCAGCGAUAUUAUGAGGAGACAAAAACUGUGACACAGCAAGGCCCGCACCAGAAUAAACCAGUAACUCAGUCACAAAAACAAUCGGUGCGAGAAGUGUACACAUUAGACGGCGAUGGAAGGCCAGAUCAAAUAAGAAAACAGUACAUGUCAACAGACAGCGGCAUUGGAAUGCCUAGUCCUAGCGAAGAACGGUACUCGACGAUCGAGAGAGAAUACGAAGAAAGGAGUAUAAAAUCGCGACGAGUAAGUGCAGAGAACAAUAACAACGUGUCCAGGGUGUUUGUAAACAGCCCCUCUCCUGCCCCCCAGCAGCGCAUUGACGUCGAAUACGUGAGCCGUACGUCAGCGACGCCAUCACCGACUCGGUCUCAAGUUCAUUCUCGUAGUGAAAGCCGUAACGAGGAGAUAUACCAGAGAUCGCCGUCUCCAUUUGAUCGUUCUCGCUCUCCGUCAAUUUAUAUAGCAGUGCCCGGGUCAUCAGAAUAUUCCACAAGUUCUAGAGAGUACACUACCAGUACAAUGUCGCCAGUGCGUACUCAAACUCAGAAUCGUAUAGUGACUCCGUCAUACGUGCUUGAAAAACAUCGCCUAGAAACUGAGAUUGUUCAGGGCAGCGCUCCCAGCGGCGUUAAAGUCGAAGCUCCUGCCGGGCCCACUCCGUUGUACAGAAAGAUAGAAAUACUCCCGACAAAAGCCGCUAAAACCACACGGCACGACAGAGAAACCGAGGUGUUGAAGCAAGAGCUGGUGGAAACAAUUGUAAAUGAGUCUACGUCCGACUACGACGAGUACGUGGAAGUGAAUGAUUUUAACCGUGCCAAAUGGGACGUGGUAGAAGAGGCGCACUUGGAACGGAGUCCUCAGAGAAGCCCCGAGCCAGUUGGCGCACCUGUGACAGUCAUACAAAUCAACGGUGCAGACUCCAAGCAUCACGAUGAAAACACAUACUAUGCCAAGCGCAUAAAAAGUAAGACCGUAACGAAUCAACACCAACAUGUGGAGACUACAGAUAGCGUGAAACGCAAGACCGCAGGCAAAAAACACCGUGCAACGUCUCCAGAUAGGCCUGUAUCUGAGGAGCCGUUGGAGAUGAAACGAAUGAAAAAUGUCGAGCGGGGCACCAGUCCCGAUCGGCCGGUCUCCGAGGAGCCUAUGAGGCCCAGGAAAACGACUAAUGUCGAACGUGGCACCAGCCCUGAUCGCCCCGUCUCCGAGGAGCCUAUGAGACCCAGGAAAAUGCCUAAUGUCGAACGUGGCAACAGCCCCAAUCACCCGGUCUCCGAGGAGCCUAUGACGAUGAGAAAUGCCGGUAAUGUCGAGCGCCCUACGAGCCCGGAGCGCCCGGUGUCAGAAGAGCCAAUGACCAUGCAAAGAGUAGAAAACGUCGAGCGCCCGACGAGCCCUGAACGCCCGAGAUCCACUACUCGUUUAUACGUGCAAACUCCUAAUGAUUUACCCGAGUUACGUCAAUUCAUAGAGGAAAAAACAACGACUAAAAGAACUGUCCAUACCAUGGAAAUGGCAGAAGAGGAUAUUUUAAGCAGCACCAGCAGCAGCGAGGAAGAUGAAUACUCUGAUGAAGAAGAUGGCAUCCCAGUUGACGAAAACUUUAACGUCGAUAAACAAUUCCCUGUCGAAACUAGCAGUGAACAACGUAUGAUCACAAACAACGUGGAAACAGCUGGCGCGCCGAGGUACGUAGACAUUGACGAAGACGACAAUGUGAACGUUUUUGACCAGCAGUUUUUCGUGAACAGAGAAAACCCACUGUAUCACAGCGAAGAAAACCUCAACCGUGUGGACGAGUCUGAAAUCGUAGCCACGAGAAUAGAGAGGGUAGAGACUGAAGCCAGAGCUCAGGAAAUCGACGAGGUGGACCAUGUUGUUAAAGUUGAUAAAGAAGAAGUCGAACAAAAACGUAAUCAGCCUGAAGAAACAGAGGAUCUUCUACGAGAUGUACUUGGUGCUGAUGCCGCCUCCUUCUUUUACGAGUACCAAGGAACUAUUGGAAAGAACAAGGGGGUUCGCGUCACGGACUACAUUAAGCAGCAAGACGCACAGGCCCUCCAGAAAGCCGCGCAGAAAGAACAGCAGGAAGCAGAAAGAGAAACUCACGAAGAGUGGUCGGAGGAAACCAGAAUCAGAACUGAGGAAGUCAACCAGAACUUCGCCGCCAUUAGAAUCGACGGACAGUUGGUCCCGAUUCCCCGAAACGUGCGCCAAAGUAUCCACGUGGACCGAGAAGAGGAGGAGAUACAGGGAGGGGGUAUUUUGCUUAACCACGCUGACGGCUCUGGUUAUAAAACAGACAGUAGCACGGUGAACUUUGACACUGUCAAUGAGUGUGUAGACCUUGGCAUCGAAAACGGUGUCGCCCGGGUUGCCGUCAAAGUGACAUGCGAGAGGAUCGUUCCCGUGAACCCUGUUCAGGAUGUCUGGAAGAAGAAUGCGGUGAUCGUCACCCGUCUGAUUGAGUUUGACUUGGAAGCCAACCCCGAGACCCGGCGGAUGUAUGAGCGCAUCAUCAAUUCCCGAAAAACAAACAAGCGUGAAGUCGCAUACAUCGACUCACGGGGUAGGGAACACAUUGAGACACAAGCUGAUAGAACACUAAACGCUAAAGAGACUAUGAAGGUUUUCUCUACAUUAAUGAACGCAGCUGGCGAGAAAAACGAGUUUGAAAGACACAAUGUGUUGCUUUCAAGACAAGAUAGCAGUGCUUCGGAUAUCUCGUUUGCGGGCAGCGAAAAUAGAACGAACAGGAAUGUUUCUUACAGAGACUCCAGAAGAGCUGAGCUACAAGGUGGGUCAAGCAGAAAUUUUUCUCAUGAAGUUUCCAGAAGAUCUGAACAACAGCCUGUUUUAGACAGAAACGUUUCGUAUGGUACCGCGAGAGCUGGACAACAGUCUGCUUCAGAGAGCAAUUUUUCGUACGGAACCACAGGUAGAUCUGAACAAAAGUCUCGUUCAGAGAGCAAUUUUUCGUACGGCACCACAGGAAGAACUGAACACCAGUCUCGCUUAGACAGUAAUAUGUCGUAUGGAAACACGGGAAGAUCCGAGCAGCAGUCUGGUUCAAGCAGCAGCGGUACCUUCAGUGCUGCGACCUACGGGCGAACCACGCAUAUGCCCUCAGUACCAAAAUUCCCCUCCAAUAUACAUAUGGACAAUAAUUAUCCUGUAGUUCAAAAGACUCAGAAAGGGAUGGAACUAUUGCGUAAAUAUGGCGGCGGACUUGAUAGAAACUCCAGUAGUACAAUGAAUCGCAACACAUCUGAGAAACACAGUAUGUCAAGGAGCCAUAUGUAUAGAAGUAGUGAUGAUCUUUUGUCGUCCAGCUAUGGAGAAAUGGACCACACAAGGCCAGGCAGCGCCAGUGGUAAUUACGCUAGUAGCACGGAGAGACUUUCAGUGAACUAUACCAGCGGCGGAAGUGGUGGUGGUGGUGGCGGCGGCGGCGGUGCCCGUUCUGGAAGCGCUAUGAGCAACCAUUCGGCCCAGUAUGGCGGUGGCGGUGGUGAUGGUGUCCGAUCUAGUAGCGCUAUGAGCAGCCAUUCGGCCCAAUAUGGCGGUGGCGGUGGUGAUGGUGUCCGUUCUAGUAGCGCUAUGAGCAGUCAUUCGGUCCAGUAUAGCAGUGGAGGCGGCUUCGGCGGCGGCGGCGGCGGCGGAGGAGGAGGAGGAGGUGGCGGCGGUGCCCGUUCUGGUAGCGCUAUGAGCAACUAUUCAGGCCAGUAUGGCGGUUCUAGUCGAGCUUCCAGUCGCAUGAGUGGGGACUUUGGCAUGACCUCCGGUUUAAGCGGUCAGUCGUAUCUCUCUUCCCGGGAAAUGUAUGGCGAUGCCAGUCAGUUUUCGUCCUCACCGCAAGCUGCGGGCGAUGGUCUUUAUUGAGCUGGCGACUGUAAACUGUAGUUCGGAUGACAAAACCGUGGUGACAUUUGAUAUGGAAUAUGUUUAGUGACAUGUCAGUUUUGUUUUAAACGAUAUAAUGAAAUUUAGCAUGAUGUGCACCGUUGGAUAUUUGGCCUAAUACUCAGUAUUGUUUCAAUUAGGCAAUAUUAGACGAAAACGUAAAAAGCAACAAUCUACACAUUUUCCAUGUCAAGUGUUAUUGCUAUACAUUUGACUAAUUUUUUCCUCAGGUAUAUUGUCGAUCUAUUAGUGCCAUAUUUUAUAAACUGCCUCUGUUCUUUAAGUCUCCCAAUAUACGAAGUCAGAUCUAUUUAACUCAGAUGCAAAACAUUAAGAUGUGCUGAAAAUCUGGAAUAUGACGGUUUUUAUAAACACAUGAAAAUAAUUCUCCAUUCAACUUAAACAUCUGGAAAUUGUAUUAUUUGAUGGAUAUAUUUUUACAUUUGAGUGGUAUAGGCAUAUAUAUCAUUAAAAUUUUACUUUGUAACCACGAAGAAUCAACAUUUAAUUUACCAUAUGCCUAGAAUCGUUUAUAUAAUUAUUAAGAAUAAUCUGAUGUUCGAAAAGGCGGGAUAUAAAUUCCCUUUUAAAUUUUGUGAACGAGAAAUUUAAGGAACAUCGCAUGACAUAGAUGUGAGUUAAAAAUGUCAUCAGUAUUUGAAGGAGAAUACAGUGGAACGGAUUUAACUGGAGUUAUGAAAAGUUAAAUUUGGAUACAGUUAUAUUGGAUGUAUAGAUACAUGUAAUGGCACUGAGAACGAGAUGUGGCAUUGGAAAACAUCUAUCAUCUUAUGCAAGUGUAUAACCUGGAAACUCGUGCUGGGCAAUAUGUAAUUUCACGCUGUGCCAUAUACUCAUGCCUGUGUGUGUCUUAUUAACUCCUGCUAGAUAUUUUACAAUUUCUCUUUGUGCCAUACUCCUAUAAAUAUAUAGCGAGCUAUUUAUGACGUUAGCUGAGCGCAGUUAUGCUUUAAUUAUUUACCAAAUAUUUCUGCGACACUGGAAGAGUAUUGAAAUGAACAGAGGGGAGAGCCAACUGUUUGUUUUUCUGAAGUUGGCGUAUGGAAACCAAAAAAGUGUUGUCGCCUUUAUUUCUGUAUCUUUCGUUUAAUUUCAUAUUAUUCUAUUUAUUUGCAUGAAACGGCAUAAUAGUUUGCAACCUUACUCUCUCUGUUAUAUCUCAAAUUUUUCUUGGGACAAAAGUGGCAAAAUAAGUUUUGUAAUUAUUACACAGUGGGUUCAGAAAAUUAUGGAACUAUGUUUGAUUAGUUCAAUGCUGGUACUCAUUUUUUCUGUAAUCACGCUUUAAGGUUGAAAAAGUUGAGCGGGACUCUUGGAUAGUUAAAUUAUAUUAGCUUUUGCCAUAUUUAAUUGUAUUUUGGAUUACCACAAGACCAUUUGUUAUGCAUAGUUAAGAAUAGUUAAACAUGUUAACAUUUUUGUACCUAUUUAUGUCAUUUAAGAGAUAUCUCAUCACUAAUGAUAUAUAGUGUAUCAUUAAAAUGCAUGGUGUUUA